AUGUUUCCCGCCUACUCAAACGAUGAUGAUUCGAAAUCAGAGCAAGGAUCCUCAUCCCGAAGAAGCAGUAGGUGAAAAUGAGCAUUCACGAAUAGUUUUCUUCUGUUAAGGGUAUGAACCAGCUGACGACAGUUUGCACGGAAAAACUCGCGCAUCUGUACAAUCGGUAGUUGUAAGUGGUUGAGGGCAAAGGGAGCUGUUUAUAAAUGUGUUUUCAGCGACAUGAAGGACAGCACUCGGAUAGAACAACGAGCAAAGUUCGAGAUAAUCAAGUAGUCGUUCAGUUAGGUUACGGAGAAUCGGGUAGCAGCGAGGAAGAGGGCGGAGCGAAAGUGGGUGAAUUGAAAUAAUUCAACAGCUGCAGACAAAGAACUAUUUAAGACUGUUUUGCCCGCCGGACGCCAAGUUAAUGAAGAUGAUGUAUUCACACUUCCAGAGAAGCGAAAGCAAGAGAGCUUGUAAGUAUUCUUCAUUCGAAACACAUUGUAAAAGCGUUUUUCAGCAAAUUAGUUAGACAGCAACGCGAGGGAAAAGUUCAUGAAAGUAACACAUUCGCGUCGUUCCCAACGGCACCCAAAAAACUGCCUUCCAAUCCAUUCACACGUGCUGAGCAGUCGAAUGAUCGAAUAAAAGAGAGAUCUCCGGACAGAAGAUCGAGAGGAGUUUACAGAAAACGUGAACGGGACAGAAGUGAGGAGCGAAAAAAGAAGAAAAAGAAGAAGAAGAAGAAGAAGAAGCACAGAAGACGUUCAUCGAGCAGUUCCUCCUCUUCUUCCUCUGAUUCCCGAUACCACAGACGCCCUUCGCGGUCUAAGUCUCCGGCAAAGAAAACAUCGACGAAGAGACCGAAGUACGAGUUUAUUUCGGAAGCGGAAUACGCCCAGAGAGAUCAGCUCUCGUCUCGUGUCCUUAGUAAGCACUCAACUUCCAAAGUUAGCAUAUCCAUUUAAUUUUUCAGUUCGUGAUACUUACCAUGACUACGAAAACUUUUCAUUGGGGCAACGCAAAAAAGAAGUGGCGAAAAUGCAUCUCGAUGUCCGAUAUAUCGAUGGAAUGGAGCACGAGGACGCUCUUUUCAGAGUAAACAAUGCGCAUUUUCUACUUUUUCCAUAAAAUGUUACUUACAGAGGCUUUACGGAGCGGAAUGCGGCAAGGAUAGAAGAAGACGUCCGUUUCACGAGGAACUCGCUGCCAUUGCCAAACACAUUCCGACAGAGCGACAUUUUGUGAAGCGUUUCUCAGUCAGCGAUGGAUAUUGGAAGCUCAACGCGAAUGCAGAUCUGCUAAAUGCGGACAAUAUGGCCGAUGCCGAAGAGGCGGACGGCGGCCUGAUGGCUGAACGUAACAAGCUCUUGAAGGCGUUCUCGGCCAACUCAUCUGAUGUCAAUUUGCUGUUGAAAGUGUUAGAAAUGGAGGAAGAAAUGGACCGAAUGAGAACCGGAUCAUUUUUUCAAUCAGAUAAAAAGGCGAUGGUAGAAAGGCACGCAGAAAUGAUCAAAGUGGCGUGUCAGAAAAACCCGUCGAGUUCUUUCCUCAAGUUAAUGCAAAUCGAGUACGAUAUCAAAAUGGACGAGGAUCCAAAGUCGGUCAUAGAACAGUACAAAAAACUUGUUUCCAAGUUUCCGCACGAGCCAAUGGUCUGGAUUCGGUACCUGGAUUACUUGCAAUACGAACGCAGUACCUACAAGUAUAAUGUUCUGUGUGACGCAUUCCGAAUCUGCCUGGAGAAAGCCCAGGCUCUUGUAGAUCGUAUUCUCGUAUCUCACGUCGGAAAGAUAUCCGACAUGCCGCAAUAUCGAAUGUUCCAUUUGUACGUGUACCUUCGAUUCCUGAAGUGGCAGUUCUCGUGUGGACACGCUCCGUUCGCCCUCGCGAACAUUCAGGCAACAUUCGAAUUAAACUGCGGUCUGAGUAGAGAAGAAGACAUGCUGGAGACCAGACAGAAGAUCUCGAGAGUCGAAGAGUUCUGGAAAUGCAAAUUGCCGAGAAUCGGAGACAAAAAUGCGCUUGGAACGCACAAGUCGGCAAAGUUGUUCAGUCAAAUGAGCGAAGUGGGAGUCAGAAUUGAAGAGAAGGAAUAUCUGAAGAAUUUGCCCAAGAGAAUCGACGCAGUUCAACAAAAGUAUUGGAGUCAGAAUAGGUACUUCGGAUUGAAUUGGGUCGAUGUCGAAAGAGCGUUAAUGGAUAUCGACGCGACAGUGAAGAGAAAUACCUGGCCUGAAAGUGACAAAGAUAAAGAAAUGGAAGCUUAUAAAAGUGCAAUAAGCGAAUUCGCACUCUGGGAACCGAUCUUGUGGAGUGAGGUGGUCACCUAUUCGCAGCCCAAUGACACCGAUUCCUUCGAUUUCAUCCAACCGAUGCUCGAACUCCUCGGCAUUCGUUUUCGGAAUUCGGUAAGCUUUUGUCAUCCAGCAUGGAGCUUGAACAAUUUCAAUAAUUUCAGACUGGCUGCUACUCAAUGCCCGAGCACGUUAUCAGAGAAUGGAUAGCCAAUCCGCGCCUCCACUGGGAUACGGAACCUCCUUUCGCGGAAGUCCCUACUUACACGGAGAACACUUGCCUCCAGGUCGGAACGAAUAUUCUCAACUUUUUAAUGUACCAGCGUCACGAAGUGGUUCAACAGAACCCGUACCGACUGGAUGAGAUUCUCAUCAAGUACCUCAUGGCCAUAAUCAUGACAAAAGCGGAGGAAAUGGAAAACAGACGAGAUGAUGCCUCGAAAAUGUACUUCUACCGCUUGCGUACUAAGCAUUUCGAAGAACUGAUGUCCUUCGAUUACGGCCACAAAGAUCUCAUCGUCCAUUAUAACGGACUUGAAACAGUGCUCCAAAUCACUGCCAUCGACAAGUUCGUCUCGUGGCUGGAGCAAGGUACCAUCGACCAACAGAGAAUUCUGAAUCUGAAGGAUAACGACUCCACAACGCACGUUCUGCUGAAGAAGGAUACCGAUUCGUUCAAUAAGCUCAAAAAGAAAGUGUACAACGCCCUGAACAAAGUGGUUCAGUCGUUUGAGCCCGGCAUGCAGAGCUGUCUGAGAAACAACGCCACGUCACUUUCCGACUUCCAAAAGCACCUCUACGUGAAUAUUCUCCGAUCCAAACUUUUGCUCACUGAAAUCGAAGUAGCCCAAUGGUUCCUCGCUUGUAAUAUUCUCGAAGUGCACAUCACGGUGGCGAAGAAAAUGAAAGAGGAGUCAGUGAGCGGAUUUGUGCAGCAAGUGCGCACGUCGAUGGAGGAAAUUGUGGCCAGAGUGCGGGAAAAAGAAAGGAACGAGGAUCACAGAUACAUUCCCGAAUGGCCGAGAUCCGGAGCACUCGCAGAAGCUCUCGAGGCUGUUGUUUCCUUUGUUUUCUGUUAGUUCGUCAGACCAAAACAUUUUAAAUUUAUUUGUUUUCCAGUGAAUAUAACACCAAAUCCACGCGAAGUCAUCAACAAAGUAACCGCCAAUGUGAUCGAGAAGUGCAGAAUGUUCGAAGAAUUAAAGAUGGAUUUCACACGUGGCUGGCAUGAGAAAGAAAGAGAUAUUAUCGAUACCCAGUUCGUUUUGGACACUGUCAUCGGUCAAUUGUCUCAAGGAAAUGUUCAUGUCACAUUCUGCGAGAACUACAAGGAAAUAUUGACGAGAGCUUCAGAAUUAUUCCCGUGCCAAACUAAAUAUGUCCGAAAAUUCAGCGAAUUAUUUGUCGGAUCGACGCUCAAUACUAUCAAAUUGGGACAGAUCACGGGCGAACGAAGCGAACGAAUGUUGAAGACGAGACUGCAGAUGUUCGAUGAAAAAUUGGAAAUGAAACUUCUACAAAACUCGCUCUCGAUCAUGUUCAUCAAACUUCAAAAAGCCGGAAGAAUCGAAGGAGGAAACGCCCAAAUGCUUUACAACGCCUACAAGAGAGAGGCGAUGCUCCUGCGAGAACCGGCCGUCUGGAGACUCGCUCUCAAAGCGGCCGGAGCCGAGACUCUGGAGAGAAAAGUUCUGGAGGAAGAUGUGAGUUCAGAAUUGGGCAUGACAAUCCCAUGGUUACGGGAUGUUACAUUUUUACCGCGGAACUGUGCAAUCCCAUAGGUACGGGAUGAAAACAUUUUUCCGACCUGGCGGUCGGAUUGAAAUUGCCGAACCAGCGGCAACCAUAAGACCCCCUGUGGUGGGGGUUCUUAUGGUAUUAUAACCUGACAACCUCUUACAGUCAGUCAUAGAAGUAAUUCCGACAGUUGGAACAACAACUCGGCGCUCAACUCAAAACACCCAUGAACAAUCCUUAUGCUUUCAGGCGUUGGUUCGUGCUGAGGGUCAAUGUUGUUGGUCGCGCAAUUUACUGCUCGAUUACGUGGAGACGGUUGGACCGGAAGAGCCCGUUCCGGGCAAACUGACUGCUAUUGCCAAUGCCAUGUAAGUAACACAAUUCACUUUCAUUUGAAAUAAUGUUUAUUUUCAGAACAAGGUCAUUGGAAAAUCAAAAUCCUCACGGGUUCCACCUUUGCGACGAAAUUAUCAUGGAUACUUACAUUUAUCUUUACAACAAGUCAGGCCCAUCAGAAGACAAUCCAUGA